AUGGCUCUGAAAGUCAGAAUUGGCCUUGCUCAGUUUGGUGGAAACCAGAAGUUGGUGCAUUCGGACCUCAUUUUACCCCGCAAUGGCAGCUUUCUCCCUUUUCUCAUACCUCAUGAAUAUCAUCGUGCAAUCCACCCCAUCUCAGCCGUAAUGUCAUCGUAUCCUUUCAGCGUCUUGAAUGCAGAUGUCGAUGCUCCAUCACCAACUUCCACCUCCUUCACACUGACCCCAACCUCCCACUUUCCAACCGACAUCUGGCGCAAGCCCAUCCGCCCCUAUCAGGGGGAAAGCAUCAACAGCUUCAACGCACCCAUCAUCUACAAACGCAUUGGGCUUCCCUCCUUCCAACGCGCUCGCGUCACCGUCUCUGCCCCAUGGUCAAAGCUCUACGACCAAGGUGGCCUCAUCUUUAUCCUCCCGUCCGCGUGCGCCGCUGAAGACGGAGGCAAUGGUGGGAGUAGGCUGGAGGUAGCGAAAGGGGGGAAAUGGAUUAAGACGGGGAUUGAGUUUUAUGAGGGCGAGGCGUAUGUCAGUACGGUUGCGUGCGAUCGGUGGUCUGAUUGGUCACUUGUGCAGAAUGGGAUCGUCACCCUUGCGAACGGGGAGAAGCAGGUUACGCUGGAGAUGGAGCGGAAGGACGACGAUGAUACGUUGUGGAUUUACGUGAUCCAUCAAGAUGGCGAUGGCGGAGAGGAGAAGAGAAUUCCGGUUAGAGAGGUCACGUGGGCCUUGAGUGAAGAGGGGAAGAUGGAUGGAGUGGAACAGAUGAUGAGGGAGGUUUGGGUGGGGGUUUAUGCUGCUACGCCGACGGUGGAGGAGGGGAGGACGCUUGAGGUCAAAUUUAGUGGGUUUGAGCUGGUGGUUAUGAGCCCUGAGCAGAUGGAGAGACGAGCUGGAGCUGGAGCUUGA